AUGGAUCGUAGGCAGUAUUCAAGUGUCAAUAUGAUGGACCUUGACGAAUCUUUGCGGGCUUUGUACUUUGCACCAAUACCAAUCAUCGUUCUGGAUCAUACGCGAGCGAUCAAAAUGCUCAAUAAACCCGCUGAGACUAUUCUUGGCAUAUUAGACGUGAACGCUGUAGGACAACGAUUGGAGCGAUUCGUUGCACCUUCUUUUCGCAGAGAGUUGAAUGUUGCUUUAAACGAAGCGUCUGGAAGCAUCGGUAGCUCCGGUCGUACUGCUUUACCUUAUGCCACCCAACUAGCAAUGCAAUCCGCCGAAGACGGUCCAACAAUCACUGCUGAUGUGAACAUUUCCGCUUGGUUUGCAACGGAUCCAAUCUUUUCAGCUGCAGCAAGUCACCUCUCCAAUCCUGCAGCAACGAAUUCUACUGAAGCUAGUCCAGCAAGUGUACAAAGUCCUUCAUCACCUUACAAUAAUACAACGCCCACCUCUGCUUCACGUUCAGCAUUACACCACCAGGCUGCACAUCUACCCGCUCAUGAGGCUAUGUUCACUCUAACAAUUUUACCUGCAAAUUCAAAAGUGCGCGAAGAAAGUCCAUCUUCUUCAGAGAGCAAUGUCAUUGCCGAGCUCAAAAAUGCAAUCUUUGAAAAUCUUGAUAAAGCCAUCAUGGUCGUAAGCAAAGAUUUGAAACAUGUCAUGCAAAAUGAGCCAUGUAGGGAAAUGCUUCAAUCAUUCAGCGGUGGCAGAGGAGUGAAUCCGGCAAACGUUAAUGGAGAAGAUGACGGCCUCGAAGCUUUCGCAUGGAUCAACGAAGCAAUGACCGUUUGGGACGAAAAGUUCGAGAAUCCACUCGAAGAAAGUGAAUGGCCAAUCUAUCGAUGCGUAAUCAUGGGACAGCCAAAGGCACCUGUAACGAUGGGAUUGAUGGAUAAGCUUACAGGCGAAAGGCAUAUCUUGCAAGUUACGGGAAAACCAUUGAGAAAUCAACAAGGAUUCGGCGAACACAUUGGAGGAUUGAUUGUGCUUCGAAAUCUGACUGCAGAACGCUCUAAAUUACGUCAAGAAGCAAAAACGGAAGGAGAUCUAUACUUUAAGCAAACAUGUGAUGCUAUGCCUCAACUUGUCUGGGUUACUUCGCCUUCGGGAUAUCAUGAAUGGUACAGUAAAUCUUGGUAUGACUAUACAGGUACGAAUGAAGAGACAUCUCGUGGUGUAGGCUGGCAAGUAUCAAUUCAUGAAGAAGAUUUUCCUGAAGCGGCAAAAAGAUGGAGUUAUUCUCUACGAACUGGUGAAUUAUACGAAACAGCUUAUCGUAUCAAACGUGGAGAUGGAGUUUGGAGAUGGUUCCUAGGUAGAGCGUUGCCAAUGCGAGAUCAAGAGUCUGGCGUUAUCCAAAAGUGGUUCGGAACAUGCACUGAUAUACACGAUCAAGUUGAAGCUCUUUCAAACAGUCGUCGCGCACAAUCUCAAUUGGAAAGCGUGAUUAAUCAUGCUGCAAUGACGAUUUGGGCAACCGAUAGAGAAGGUAGAAUCACGAUUGCCGAAGGACCGGGUGUUCGACAGCUAAAGUUGUUGGCCCCUGGCACACCCGGUAGCUCCGAAAAAGGAGGUAAUUCAGGUCAACGAAUGAUUGAAGAUACCAGCGACGAAGAUCAUCAUCAUACCAGUAAUAGCAACAGCAAUAGCGCUUCACACAGUCAUGCCAAACAACAAAUGGUCGGUCGCUCCAUUUAUACGAUUUGGGAUCCUGCUUUAAUUGGAAAAUCAAUGGAGAAAGCAUUGGCUGGUGAAACGGUUGUUGAAGAAAUGGAGAUCGAAGGGAGAUGGUUUAGAACAUCGUAUACACCCAUGCGUGCUGAUAAUCAAGCUGCUCAAAGACUCAUCGAAGAUGCACCAUUCGAAGAUAUGGAAGAGCAAGGCGAAGGUGAGAUUGUUGGUGUUGUAGGAGCAUCAUUGGAUAUCACGGAUCGUAAACGUGCACAAGAAAAAGUGGAAGAAAGUUUGAUGGAAAAGACCAGAGCUUUGGCAGCAGAAGGCGCAGCAAGGGAGGCAAGUAGAUUAAAGUCUGAAUUCUUGGCCAAUAUGUCCCACGAAAUUCGAACGCCGAUCGCGGGUGUAAUUGGUCUAUCAGAAUUGUUGCUCGAUGAGAAAGGACUUACAUUGCAACAACGCGAUUAUGCUGAAACGAUUCAGAGAUCCGCUGAAGGUUUGUUGACCGUUAUUAAUGACGUCUUGGAUUUCAGUAAAGUAGAAAUCGGUAAAUUGGAUGUAGAAAAGGCUCCCUUCAAUCUAGAAGUUCUUUUGCGCGAUGCAAAACGGAUGUUGAGCUUUGCAACGCAAAAGAAAGGUCUUGAGUUCCGAGAAGCUGUCGAAUUAACCUACAAAGGCCAAGUAUUGGGUGAUAUGGGUCGACUUCGUCAAGUGAUUACCAAUCUAUUGACAAACGCGAUCAAAUUUACCGCCCAAGGCUUCAUCAGCUUAGAAGUGACUGAAUUGUCUGAAGACCUGGAUAAUUUGAUCGUCAAAUUUGACGUUCGAGAUUCAGGUUGCGGUAUCAAACCUAAUACGCUCAGCAGACUUUUCCAACCGUUUUCACAAGCAGAUCCUUCGACCGCAAGAAGGUUUGGAGGAACAGGUCUAGGAUUGAGUAUAUCAAAGAAUCUUGUCGAACUGAUGAACGGAAAGAUUGGCCUUGAUUCAAUAGAAGGUGAUGGAAGUCAUGCUUGGUUCGUGAUUCCUUUCCGCAAGGCUACUGAAUCAGAAAGAAAGGCAGCCAUCGCAGCCAAAGCCGAAGAUGCUAAUGUACAUCCUGUCAAUGUGCCCGGCAAUGGAUUCUCGAUGGGCACAUCUGACGAAGAAAAAGCUACCCUUAUGCGGCCACGUAAAGAUAUUUGGAUCUUAAUCGCAGAAGAUAAUGUUGUCAAUGCUCAAAUUGCUUCAAAGAAUAUCAAAAGAAUGGGAUUCAAUUGCCGAACGGCUGAAAAUGGAUUAAAAGCAAUGGAAGAAUUGGAAAAGAAUACGUACGAUGCAAUCUUGAUGGAUUGUCAAAUGCCCGAAUGCGAUGGAUAUGAAGCUACACGUAUGAUUCGUAGAUCAACCAAUCCAGAUACACGAAUGCUGCCAAUCAUUGCUUUAACGGCAAGUGCAAUCAAAGGUGAUCGAGAACGUGCUUUAGAAGCAGGAAUGGUGGAUUACCUUGCAAAGCCUGUCAAAAGACCAGCUUUGGAAGCUACAUUGUGUAAAUGGCUAUAUGAUGGAGAAGCUCGUCAAAGUUUAUCUCAAUUCGUGGCACCU